GGACUAUUCAACAACGACAAACUCGAUUUCAUGGUGAUAUUCGCUGGUAUUUGCUGAUUGUCCAAUAAUACACUGUUAAAAUCGAGCGUGUCUCCCCACAACGCCAUGUCUGGAAACCUAUCUCAUUCUAUGAGGGAGAACUACGAAACCCAUGGCGUAGAGAAGUACUAUCACCUCGUUGCAUCCUCAUACCGUAAUCCCCACUUUGAGGGCGCACAAAAAUGCUUGCAUGCUUGGCUCGAUAAGUGGUGGCUCCGAGAGUCUCGGGAGAUGCCUCAGGACAAGCCUGCCUCGUUUUGGGAUUUGGCUGCGGGGAGCGGUGAAGUGACUGAGGCUAUCCUCAAUUGGUACUCUCUCAGACGACCGAAAGAGCAUCCGUCUCACCUGUCCGAAGAAUCCCAUCCUCCAUCUAGUCUUACGCAUCGGUCUGUCCAACGGCCCGUUCGUCGUCUCGCUCUCAUGUUGAAUUCUUCAAUUCCUGAUCCAUUGAUAAUCGCGAGUGAUCCCUACACUGCUCCUGCAUACACCGCGAGAACCUCUCGGUAUUGCGCACCUUUCAGUUUCGCGGACGUGGCUGAGGGAAGCAUGCCUUCAUUCACUGCGCAUGAUCUCAACAGUGCAAUGUCUAAGGAGCCUCGAUCUCACCACGGAGAAGUGUCAGGGGUAUCUGCGUCUCCACAAACUGUGGACAUGGUUGUGUCAUCGUUUGCUUUGCAUCUGUGUACCCCAUCAGAACUGUUCUCACUACUCUACGAGCUCAGCUUGAAAUCCAAAUGGUUGGUGGUAAUCGCACCACACAAGAAACCCGAGAUCAAACCUGGGUGGGGGUGGGUUCGAUGGAAUAUUUCGAAAUGGCAAGAAGUAAAAUCGGAUCACGAAUCAGAUGUAGAAGUUGAGAUUGUGUUGGACAGGGUCAGGCUCCGGGUGUGGAGAAGUCU